AUGAUGAAGAAAUCAACUCAUUCCUGCCAAGUACUUCACACAGUCUGCGAAAUACGAGCUCGCUUUAACCUGUUCAAUGUCCAGCAAGACAUGGCUCAAAUGGAAAUUCCUUUGCUUGUUUUUGCUAACAAGAGUGAUCUUCCCAGUGCAUUGAGUGAAGAUGAUAUUGAUAAACAGUUUGAACUUACCUCUAUCCAUGGACGAAAAUGGUGA